AUUUUACUGAAACUGAGCUGUCCACUCUUUCCCUUUUACUUGUGAGAUUAUUUCUUCUAUGAACUUGAAUUAGGUCAACGUGCUAACACACACAGCUAAAGUGGGAAUACGUCCUCAUAUAUACCGAAACAUCAAAGUACAGCAGGAAAAAUAUGCUAAAACCAAGUUACAUAAACAACACGGUGGUCAAGGGACAGAAGCUACCGAACUUGAAAACCAGUCACUGAAAGAAGUGGAUGAAGCUAAGCAGGGUUUUAAGGACAAGGCAGCUAAAGAUGAACAAUCAAGCAGUAGUUCAAGACCGCCGGGCUCAGAAGGAGUUGAUAAAAUACUUGUUUCAAAUGGUGAUUGUACUACCAACGAAAGAGCUGAUCCAAUGGAAGAGUCUUUUGGUCUCCAUUCUUGCACUACUGCGAUGGAGUCAGGUAAUAAUCUGAAGACGCAUGCGGGUUUAAUCCCCCAGGAUAAUGUAACGCUGACAAUCGAAUCAAUUUCUGACGAGAAUCGAAAUGACAUCUGUCUGGAGACUGAGAGUACAAGUGCGAAAUCCAUACAAGAGCAGAAACUGGAUGCGUCAAAAGAAACUGAUGGCAAUACCAAUGAGAGGUCAGAGGCAGUGGAUGGUGGUGCUGUCUGGGAUAUUUUCCGAAGGGAGGAUGUUCCAAAACUUAUACAGUUUUUAAAAAGGCACAAGCAUGAGUUUUGUCACAUCAAUAACGAACCAGUGAACUCUGUUAUUCACGCAAUUCAUGACCAGACUUUGUUCCUGAGUGAAAUCCAGAAGAAACAGCUAAAGGAGGAAUUUGAUAUAGAGCCAUGGACCUUCGAGCAACACCUCGGCGAAGCUGUUUUCAUACCUGCAGGUUGUCCUCAUCAAGUGAGGAAUAGACAAUCCUGUAUAAAGGUGGCAUUAGACUUUGUGGCUCCUGAAAGCGUUGAAGAAUGCCUUAGGCUAACACAUGAGUUCCGGCGAUUACCAAAAGACCACAGAUCUAGCGAGGAUAAACUGGAGCUUAAGAAAAUAGCGCUUUAUGCUGCCAGCUCAGCCAUAAGAGAUGCAAAGGAGCUAAUGUAAAACUCCACGACGCAGUACUGAUGCCUAACAAAAGACAAGGACAAACUCCCACGUAACAUUAUUGGAUCCGUAAAACAUUCCUUCACAUUUUACGUGUUGUAACAUUAGAUUCUUCCUCUAUUUUAAAUUAGGAGUCGCAGAGAAUGUAAGUUUAGUUUAGAUACACCGGUUGAGUGGGCUUUUGUUACCACGUAUGGUCCAUGCAUAAGCUAUAUAAUUUAGCUACUUGCAGGAUCCUAAAAAGAAUUGGUUAACUUCAAGUUUAGAUCAGCAUGCUGCUUUACAUACUCUUGUUCAGAAAAGAUCUAGCUUUUGACAACGAUUAGCAAGAGACCCUUUGGGGAAGAUUCAUGUUGUUGUAAUCAAUCAGAGAAUAUUUAUGUCA